UACAUAAAUUAAAAAAAAAACAUAUUUAAAGCUAACUGAUGUAAUUUGUUGAUACAUUUUCCAGAAUGAAGGGAAAGGAAGUGUAUGCGUUUCUGUGCUUGCUUUGCUUCGCAUACGUGUAUGGAGCUACAUUUAAGUCAAACAUCGGGAUUAAAAUAGUUAACGGAAGAGUUGUGCCGUUUUGUCAACAUGGCAAUAUAAGAGUGUCACCGGGUACCGAGUUCGAGGACUACGACAUGUGCACGCACUGUACUUGUAGUUACAAUGGAUUAGACUGUCAGACUUUGGGAAGCGCUGGAAGAAUAACCGUUCCAAACAACACCGCAUGUAUCAGCAAGUUGAUUGACUGUCAUAACCAUUGGGUAUUGAGGAACGACAACAGCAAAGACUGUCCUCCAAAUCUCAUCCCGACAGAAAACAUCUCCAUGACGGGAAAAUAGAUGUUUUGACAAAGAGCGUCAUCUAUAUCUAGGACUGUAAAUAAAUUGAUAUUUGCACUGA